CUAGCUUAUGCUGUAGUCAGUCACAGUCUGAGAGCUGAGGGAAGCGGGAUGUGUGACAAGCCUUACUACUGCUACCCCUGACCGUGUGUCUUCUACCCCUCACAUCACAUCUUACAACACAAUGGCCAGUGAAAGGGAAAGCUGCUGUUGUUAAUCCAGGAAAGGAUUUUCCCCCUUCCCUGUGGGGCUGAUUUGAAGGAGAGACUAGACUGGGCUUGGAGUGCUGGUCAGGCCUGCGUAAGCGGCUAUGUGUGAAAUGUGAAAGCCGUGUUAAGGUACAACCGGCAGUGUCUUAGUGCAGCGUUAACUGAGGGAGAGAGUCUCCGGCUCUUGCAUCUUUCUAGAUUCUAACCGAGGGAAUAAAACGACUCAGAGGAGAACUACUAAGUGACAUUGCUGGACUUCUCAAUCAAGGCUCCUUUUUACAAUUUGAGCAUUGUAUUUUUUCAUUUGAUUAUUAUCAAACUCAGUGGUUUGUUUAGAAACAGCUGGUGUUGUUUUGUUGGAAAUUUGCCACUGUCAGUUGCUGUUGAUUUCUGUGGAUAUUAUUACUGUAUUUAAAGGCAUUUGUAGGUCAACAUACAGGAGACAUCAGUCUGGAACUUUUCGUCUUGCCGUUUUCCGUUUGUUACAUUGUUCCUUCCUUAAACAUGUGAUUAAUAUACGAUUCUCACGGUGUUCGUUAAUUUUUUUUUUUAUUCUUUCUUCUGCCUCGCCAAGCUUGGGAUUACAUCGGUGGUCGAAUCCCAAUAAUCGCUUUUCUGCUUUGCCAGAAGAGAAGGUUUUUUUUCUCUGUGUGUGUGUUCCGUUAUCAGUGGAUGUCAGAAAAUGUGCAGUGCAGUUUGCGGCUUCAUUCUACAGCACCUCGUGGAGAAUACCCUGUUGUUGUCGUAACCGCAAAAUGACGUGCAAAAACCGUCAACUCGUACUGAGGACUAGAACACACAGGACUAUGUGCAAGUGUUCGAGGCUUCAAGAACGCAACAUGUUGUUGUUGAUGUUACCAAUUCUAUUAACAGUUUUUCUAUCGGAUACAUCAGAUGCCCUGGAUUUGUCUCAGUGUCGGACAGCUCUGGGAAUGCAGUCAGGAGCCAUUCCAGACAGUGCCAUUACUGCCAGUAGCUCCUACGAUGAGGGGACUGUCGGACCUCAAUACUCCAGAAUACGCACUGAGAAGAAGGGUGGGGCAUGGUGUCCAAAACCAUCAGUGGAGAAGGACUCGUAUGAGUACCUACAGAUCGACCUUCAGCAACUUUUUGUGAUUACCAUGGUGGAAACUCAAGGUCGCUUCGGAAACGGACUGGGUCAGGAGUAUACGCCAAAAUACUUGCUGGAGUACCAGAGGGAGGACAAUGGCGAGUGGAUGAGGUUCCGGAACCAGAGAGGAGAAGAGAUUUUUCAAGGAAAUGACAACACAUACCUGGCAGAACUUCGAGAGGUUUACCCGCCAAUUAUCGCUAAACGUAUCCGCUUCAUACCUUAUAGUCGUCACCCACGAACUGUCUGUAUGCGAGUGGAAAUAUACGGGUGUCGCUGGGUCGACGGAGUUGUCUCCUACAAUAUGCCGCAAGGUGCCCGUAGAGGAAGUGAUGUGGUUCUGUACGACUUUACAUAUGACGGUGUCGUGGAAGAUGACUACCUUAAGGACGGACUUGGACAGUUGACCGACGGUCAGGAGGGCGACACAAACUUCCGGCUCGACCCUCAGGGGCUAAAGAUGAAAGGUUACGAGUGGGUGGGCUGGAGGAAUGCCACUGAAAACGGCCACCCUGUUGUCAUCACAUUCAAGUUCGAUGUGGUGCGCAACUUCAGCGCCGUCAUUCUGCACUGCAACAACUUCUUCACGAAGGAUGUGCGCGUGUUCAAAACGGCGCUGAUCUACUUCAGUAUCGGCGGCAGCUACUACUUGAAGGAGCCAGUGCGCUUUGCGUUCACCCGUGACACAGUAGUGGAAUAUGCCCGCCAGGUGAUGAUACGCCUGAAUCACAACGUGGGGCGUUACGUACGAAUCGUCCUCUUCUUCGACUCCAAAUGGAUCAUGAUUAGCGAAGUCAAGUUUGAGUCAGAACCCGCAGUGGGGAACUUCAGCGAAGAGAUUCCACCCCCAACCACCAAACCUGAAGCAGGGAAGGAUGGGAAGGGGGUUAACAAGCACAGUUACAUGGAGGAGUUUGACGUGUACAGGAGGGGCAACAUGCCGCCCCGUGUUGACCUUGGUCUGGGACCUGCUGUAGGGACGACCUCUCCAAGCGUCCAUCAGUCAAAGGAGCCUCAGUCAUUGGACGAGAGUUACAUCGGGAUUAUUGUGGGGGCGCUGGCAGCACUCGUCAUUGUCCUCUGCCUCAUUGUGGUCAUCGUCAUCAUGGGAUACCGGCGCAGGAAGCAUAACAACAACAGGCGUACCUGCAUGCUCAAGCCCAUGCCCGUCGAUGGCCACGUCACUAUCAACCUGAACGACCUGCGAGCCAGCACUAACGGUAAAAUCUCCAAUGGCAACAUGUACAACAGUGUUGCACUGGAGGAAUUGGAGAUGGAGCGUGAACUUUGUACCGCGGCCGAGCUGAAGAGUGACAAAGGGGCGUACUUAGAUCCCAGUGGCACUAUUCAGUCGCGGCAAUUGCCUGACCUUCCUCCCACACCAGACUCUUCAGACACUUACUCGUCUCGAGACUACGCUGUGCCCGAUGUGACAAAAUCCUCGCUGGUUGUAGCGCUGCCACCCUCGCGUCCUCCACGGCCAAUUAAACCACCACCAGUGACCACACCCAACAUGACCAACACCCUGGAGAAGCCAAUCAGCUACGACGCCCUCUACGCUGCAGCAGACAUUAUCAAUGUCCAUUCAGGUCCGAACAUGUCCAAUCUGCAGGGAGUGAGUGGGAACAACGUGUACGCCUCCCAGAACAGCGAUCUGCUGCUGAGCAUGGAUUACUCUGUCAUGGAGUUCCCACGGGAAAACUUGAAGUUCAUCGAGGUGCUAGGAGAGGGGCAGUUUGGGGAGGUGCAUUUAUGUGAAGCAGUGCGGAUAACAGAGUACUUACAGGACGAUUUCGUGGUCAACAGGACGGCCUCCCGAUCCUCUAGCAUGCUCGUUGCCGUCAAAAUGUUACGUCGGGAGGCUGAUGAUAGGGCAAGAGCCGAUUUUCAUAAAGAGAUAAAGAUAAUGUCCCAGUUGAAGGACCCUAACAUCGUGCGGGUGAUGGGCGUGUGCACCACGGAGGAACCCUUGUGCAUGAUUGUCGAGUAUAUGAAAUAUGGAGACCUCCAUCAAUUCCUUCAAGACCAUGUUCCGGAAAGCCCUGUUGCUAUAGCAACUAAUGCGAAAUAUUUAAGUUAUGGCUGCCUCAUCUUCAUCUCGUCUCAGAUCGCCUCCGGAAUGAAGUUCCUAGAAUCCCUGAACAUGGUCCACCGCGACCUGGCCACCAGGAACUGUCUUGUCGGUCAUCACUUCUGCAUUAAGAUUUCCGAUUUUGGGAUGAGCCGUAGCUUGUACAGUGCUGACUAUUACAGGAUAGAAGGAAAGGCCGUGUUACCUAUCCGCUGGAUGGCCUGGGAGAGUAUACUACUGGGUAAAUUCACAACGAAAAGUGAUGUGUGGUCAUUUGCGGUGACCCUCUGGGAGGUGCUGACCUUUGCCAAGGAGCAGCCGUAUGAUUCGCUCACCGACGAACAGGUGAUCGAAAACGCCGGUCACUACUACCGCAACGACAAUCAGCAACUCUACCUACCCCAGCCGCCGAACUGCCCGCGGGAGAUCUACGACCUGAUGCGAGAAUGCUGGAACAGGCAAGAGUUGGAAAGGCCCAGCUUCCGAGAAAUCCACAUGUUCCUCCAGCGGAAAAACAUGGGCUAUAACCCAAAGGACGAGAAACUGAGCCAAAUUAAAGUCCCCGUCUGCUGAGUAUGUUGUUGUUGAAUGUCAUUGUUGAACGCUUAAGAUCACGUCACCCUGGUGCUGACAUGUAAUUGGCUGAAGACUUGGUCUGUUGCUUUUAAAGCAGAAAUGUCUUAACAUUCAAUUGGCCGAGUUUUUUUUUAUCAGUGGAUCAUAUGCCAUCCCUGUGUCUGAUUGGCUGAAUGUGUGGCCUCUUUUGAUUGAUCAAGAGUGAAGUGUCCAUAAAUCUGAUUGGAAGAUAAUGAAGAUCUGACACCGACAAGAGUAGGACUCAGCCCAUUGUGAUUGGCAGAACGGGCAUGUCUUUCCUGUUUCUAUUGGCUGGACUUGGAUUUAACCUGAAUUCUGAUUGUACAUUUUAGUGAGCACAUGCUGUAGGCCUACAACUGAUGGAUCUGCCCUGGUUUCUGUGUGAGACCCAUCUGCUAAAUUUUACCUCCUAUCAGGUCAGUCAUAUUUUGGUAGAGGAGCUAAAAUUCAGCUGGAUGAAAACCGAACAAAACUUGACCUGUAAGACAGACUAUAUCCUAAAACGUGAACUCUGAAGAACAGCCCGUCAGUAUCGACUGGCAAAGAUUCCACGCCCAGAAGGCUCUUAUUUGUGAUAUAUGUAUGUGGUGGGGGCAAAUGUCUCUUACCUCAAUCGGAAAUGGCCUCCCAAGCCAGAGACAUCCAGUGCAUUUGCCGGAAAAAGGACGUGUCUGUCUGUGCUACUUUGAGGAAGAGUUGCCAAGUUAGUGAGGUGUGGCAAAGUUGGCGUGGCAUUACGGACUUGGAGAGACUCAGUGGGAACAUGUUUUGGAACACAUAUGCCCAUACCUGAGUCUUUAUUAAUGGUUUCAAAUGAAGAAUUCUUAUAUGGGGGGAGGGGACGGGAUAUCGAGAUCACGUUUUCCACGACAAAGGUUUUAAAUCAGUAUGUUUAGCAUGACUUUUAAUUGUACAUUGCUCAAAAUUUGUGUGAUUUUUAGUUUCUGUAGUCAGAGAAUUCUGGCGUUAGUGUUUGUCUCACAACCAUUGGUCGAGAAAAGCCUGGCUCAGGGGGGCUACUGCUUGUAACAACAUUAUUCAUUGGUUAGUGUGCAACCAAUGGAAAUACCCUGCAAAGAAGAUGCUGCAAUAAGUGCCAUAAUAAAGAGUUGUUCGCCCUUUGGACUUGAAAACCUCUUGGGGACGAAUUCCUGCCUUCCUAGCAUUGGUUGUGUCAACACUCAUGAUAUUCAGAAAUGGGGCAGCAAGUACUAAGCUACAGUGUAUGACUUCUCUUGUUGCCACGGGACCGGGAACAUGCGUUGCAUGACCUGGAGAUUACCAGGCCCAGAACCAGCAUUCUUUAUGAACAAUGUCACCUGGCAUUUGAUUGAACAGAUGUGUGUGGAUUGAGCUAGUGUGCACACAGUUCUAGACUACAAACGAUGACAUUGAUGCAUAUGUAAAUGACAUUUGGCCCGGCCCUGUAACAAGGAUAGAUAAAACCAUACAGGGCCUAGUGUCAAGUAUAAUGUAGAACAGAAAGUGGUGCAAGGAGCAGUGCCAGUCAUUUACAUAUGGGUGUUAAUAUGACUGCCCUGGCAACUGGCAAAUUAAUAUGUUGUCCUUUGGACUUUAUUACAAAGACCGAAAGAUUUCAGCGAACAUUAAUCUCUAAGAGAUCAAGUUUAAGCCCCUGUCUUUUUUUCACUGCACAAAAAAGAAAGUCUUGUGUCUGUUAAUUUAAUUAUGGAUGUUUUACUGUGUACGUGUUCUUUUAUUACUGGUCAUUGCUGCCUGUGUUUCUGUGUAUGGUUUGUGAGUAGAUCUGAUACAUGUGCGUUUUGUCCAAUCACAGCCUGUGUUACAUUUGUCCAAUCAGUAUCUUUGUCUUAUUCAUGUGAUGUCUUUGAGUCAGCAGAUAGAUUUGUUAAAUCCUUUAAUAUUAUUAUUAUUAUGAUAGAUCUAUAUGCAUGUAUAUAUAGAAGUGAAGGAUAGUACCACUACCAACAUAAUGUUUUAUUUAUGUAGACUGCAUUUUUACGAUAUUUUUAUGUCGCUCCUUUAUAUGCGUUUCAAUUCUCGUCACACCACAUUCAUACAGCUUCAUGUUUAAGUCUCGUGGCUGCCUUUGUACUAGGAAAUCUGUCGUAUGUGCAAUAGUUUGCCAUAUUUCAUUGCAUUACAGGACUGUAUGUUUGAAACAUUUCUUCUUUUUUUUUUU